AUGUGUGCAGAGUACAUUGUCAAAUGUAGAUACUGCGGCUACUGGAAGCACUACAGCUGGGAUCGCUGCGGCGAGAAUAGACUGCUCCUCAAGAAGGGCUGCGCUCUUGGCCUACCAUCCCAGCAUCCUUCGGAAUGCGAAAUGUUUCCAGAAGACAACCGCCAGCGAAUCAAGCGCCAAAUGACCCCCUACGAAUGCCCUGUUCAGGAGUGCAAAAGCACCGAGAUUGCGGCCAAGCUUUUCGAAGAGCGCGCCAAAGUUGAAGCCGCCCGAGCAGCUGCUUGGGCCAAGGCUCGUGCAGAGUGGGAAGCAAAGGACAAGGCAAGAAAGGCUGAGUUUGCGGCAAAGUAUUUCAAGAAGCUGCCCGUGGUGAGGUUCAGCGAGAGGCGCGAGUCGUUCUUGGAUGCGUCCGCAGCAUCUGCCGUUUCUUCUUCGUCGCAAGCCAUGCAGCUCCCAGUAAGUUUCGCAUGGCUUUUGCGGCCGGGGAUUUUUGGCGAGCCCUAUCAAUGGCAAGAUGAGCAAGCUCGGACGCUUACGAACCUGAUGGGAAAAGGCAAGGAGAUUGCAACAUCCAUGCACAGCCAAGUAUUCGAAGACAGCGACGACGAUAUCUUCUCGUCUGCAUCGGACGAGAUGGAGAUAGACGAGGUGGAAAUGACCGCCCUUUCCAAGCAUAUCGGGGCAAUUGAUAUCAAGGGCAGCGGCGCAGGCAAAUGCAGGGGAAGGGCCAUUGAGUUUUGCGAUGACGGAAUGCCUAUCCGUACGGUGACGCCCUAG